ACCGACGGUCCGUCCGUAGCCGUCCUCGCCGCGCGAUGCGUCCACCGACGUGUGUUUCUGCACAUGGCCGUGCCGCCCGACGGGCCUCUGCACUGCUCCGCGAUUUCUGGCGCCCAGCCACCGGUAAAUGAUUGCGUCUACUAUUUUUAGAAGAAUUAUACUAUACUUAGUAUUCAUACCAUGACUACGUCAUCGGAAGAUGUUCUGAUGCAAGUGAGCCAAGUACGUUACAAGAAAGGAGAUGGUACUUUAUAUGUGAUGAAUGAACGAAUAGCAUGGAUGCUUGAUAACAGGGAUACCGUAUCUGUUAGCCAUAAAUACGCUGAUAUUAAAUUACAAAAGAUAUCACCAGAGGGGAAGUCAAAGAUACAAUUACAAGUAGUGUUACAUGAUGGUACAUCAUCUACAUUUCAUUUUGUAAAUAGAAAUGGACAGGAAGCUCAAAUCAAAGAUCGAGAUGAUGUAAAAGAGUUACUUCAACAGCUAUUACCAAAAUUUAAAAGAAAAGUUAAUAAAGAAUUAGAAGAAAAAAAUAGAACCCUACAAGAACAUCCUGGGCUACUUCAACUAUAUCGUGAUCUAGUUAUCACACAAGUUAUAUCAUCAGAGGAAUUUUGGUCACAAUAUGCUGCAGAAUACACGCAAGCUAAAAAGAGCCAACGCCAAGAAAUAGGUGUUAAUAGUGCUUUCCUGGCGGAUAUUAAACCACAGACUGAUGGUUGCAAUGGAUUAAAAUACAACUUAACUGUUGACGUGAUAGAAUGUAUAUUUAAGACUUACCCAGCUGUUAAAAGGAAACAUCAGGAAAAUGUGCCUCACAAAAUGUCAGAAUCCGAUUUCUGGACAAAAUUCUUUCAAUCACAUUAUUUUCACAGAGAUCGUAUCAAUGCUGGGACCAAGGAUCUUUUUACCGAAUGUGCCAAAAUAGAUGAUCAAGAACUUAAAAAGGACUUGCAGUCUGGUAUAAAUGACCCUUUGCUGGAUAUCACUUCUUUCGAGGAUCAAUCGCUGGAUGAGAACUACGGGAGCGGAUGUAGUAAAUCUGACAAAACGUCAGGAAAUAUUGUUCACCAGAGUAUGAUCAAGAGGUUUAACCAACAUAGCAUAAUGGUUUUGAAAGCAAGCACUGCCAAACAGUCUAUGCAAAUUAAUCAGCCACAGUUAAACGGAUCUACACCAUCUGCGAGUAAAGACCCAAAUAAUCAGCCGGAUGAUGGACCAAAGGCUAAAAAGUAUCUUUUGCAGCUUAGAAUACAAGAAAAAAUAUUUUAUGAUGAUCUCGACACGAGCUGUGACAUGAAUACAAAUAAUGGAACACCACUAAAACUGACACAUAUAGAUAGAUAUUUGCACGGGCCUGUACCAGGUUAUGGAAGUACAGAGCCAACUUCCGAAGAACUACUUCUUACGUUAAGUCAUUUGAAGAAAGAAGCUUCCGGAUGGGUGUUUGGUAACACGUUACCACGGCAAGCAGCGACGUCCUUAGUCAGUUCGGCUGCGGCAGUGUCAGCUUUAGGUGAAUUAACACCUGGCGGAUCCUUAAUGAAAGGUUUCCGAGAGGAAAGUCUCGGACAAUUAAUACCAAAGGAUUUGGAGAAAGAAUUACGUAAUAUAUAUGUGUGCACGUGUGAACUCUUGAAACAUUUUUGGCGAAGUUUCCCUCCAACGACACCACAGCUUGAAGAGAAAGCGAUCAGAAUGCACGAAGCUUUGCAUAGAUUUCAUUCUGCUAAACUCAAGCCUUUUGAGGAUCGCGUGCAGAGAGAGUUUUCUGCGGUUAGUCAACACUUAACGAGUCAUCUCAAUCAAUUACUAAAUACUGCAUACAGAAAGUUUGCAGUAUGGCAACAGCGAAAAAUGCAAAUGAGGUAGCCGUUCGUUAAAAUUCCCUAAAAGUAAAGACAUAAAAGCAGAGCAAUAUAAAUCAUCUCUACACAUACUGCAUUUUGUAAUGUUACCGUAAUUAGAUGUUAAUAUGAAUGUAUUUUACAAAAAAAAGGUGAAACCAAAGCUACGUCGGGUCAUGCGUCCUGUGCUGCCACGUAUACCGUUUAUUUAUUAUUACUAUUAUUACUUAGAACUGCUUGUAACUGUUUCUAAAUUACUUUUGCAAAUUUAUCAUCCGGACUCAAUCGCGACCAGUAAUGUCAAUUUGAAACUGUUUCCAUGAUACAUGUAGCUUGUAGCUUAUUUAUUUACUUCUAGCAAAUUAUGUAAUAGGUCUAAGCGUAUGAGAGCGCGUUUAUUGAGAAUGCACAAAUACCUCUACGUUUAUGAAAAAAGUGGAUUUGUAAAAUCGUGUGAAAAAAAAGUAAAAACCAUAUAGUUGCAUAUAAUUAUCUAACGUCUGUAAUAUGCGACUAUUUUAAGUUCAAUAUGUCAUAACAAGAAGGUAGGCGACUGGAAAUAUUGUACGAUAUCAAAAUAACUGUGAUACCGCCACUGUACAGUUUGAAGCUUAUUAAUAUAUAUUUUUUCGCCUUGAUAA